UUGUACCCAACAUUCAAGUUAACAAUUAAGAGUUUUUACUCGUGUUCCUUUGUGAACGUUUGUGCAAGCUUCUGUUGAGAGUCUCCAGGAGUUUCACGUGCCUCUUAUCAACUAGAGAACGCGUCUAGUUGUGGCGAGCUUCCACCCAAUAGCGAUUGGCCUUAUUCAUGAGUGGGUGAUUGUUUGAUUGGUUUCAUAUACCAAUUGGCCUUUCACACGAGUUGGAAUCUGUUUGAUCGUGUUCCAUAUCUAUCCUUUAUUUUCAAGUUGUCAAGAAAAGUUUCGAAAAUCCUUAAAAAGAAGGAAGGCUGCGUACUUUGGUCAUAUCAUCCAAGUUCGAGGGUUCUCUUCGGAUUUGGAUCACAUCAAGUGGUAUCAGAGCCCGGUUCAAACUCAGCGGCGAAGGUGUGUUAUACGAAUAUCCUUUACUUUUAGUACUUGUUUUUUUUUCAAGAAAAGCAAAAAAAAAAAAACAAAUUUUUUUGUGAUUGUAUUAUUCUUUUCGGUUUUACUGUUCACGUGAAGGAAAAAAAGAAGAAGAAAAAAAUUUUAAAAAGAAAAAAUAAAGAAAGUUAAUCAGCCACAAAGCUGAUCGUUGUGGAAAAAAAAAUAUGGGUUUGUGUGUUUGUGACUCUUGUUAGCUCUUUGAAGUCAACAUAUAUAAAGAUAUGAUGGAGAUCAACAGAGAAGGUGAGAAGCUCUACAUUUGUUUCACGGGGAAAGAAAUCCAGAAGCCUAUCUUGAUUGGGAGGAGGAGAUGGACGACUUGUUUACAUAUUAUUACUAUGCAGAUUGGAAAAAGGUGCAAAUCGCUUCUAUGACAUUCACUGAUUAUGCUCGUAAAUGGUGGAUUCGAUUGUGUUCAUCUUGGAGGCGUGAUGGCAGUGGAGAAGUACAUUCAUGGAAAACAUUGAAGCGGAUCAUGAGAAAGAGAUUUGUACAUGAUGAUAGAUAUCCUCAAACUACUCUCCAAAGUCGUCACUAAAGUUUCAAGAUUUCUGACGAUUACUCUAGGAGAUCUUUUCCUUCACAUGAGAUCAAGUCAAGCGGGCAAACCACUUAUCAUAAGAAGGAAGAUCCGGCACCUACAAUAUCUCCAGAGAGCACAUUACAACUUUCAAGUGAUUGGAAAUCUCUUCACGAAGAGAUAAUGGGACGCUUAGCUAAAGUAAAGGAGCUAAUGGAAGAAGAGAAAAAUAAGAAAGAGCAAGAGGCUGCAAGUGCACGAUCCAUUGAUAUUAAUAAGCAAGAUUCUUCUUCAAGCUUAAUCCAUGGCGCGGAAGUUAAGGUAGAAGUUGAAGAAGACCUGGAAGAGAAAGAAGAGGUUCUUGUUGAUGGACUUACUAUAGUCACUUGUGAAGAGGAUUCACAAGCUUUGAUUUCAGCUCAAAAAGAACUAGAAAGUGAAGUAGAAGAAUUAGAAGAGGCAAAGGAGGUGAAAGAAGAUAUUCUUGUUGAUGUUCCAGAUUUGAGUGCGCAAGAAGUUAAACAAUACAUUGAGGAAUCAGAAUUUAAAGGCGGAGAUAAAUGAUUGGAAAUUAUGGAGCAUUCACCAAUAGUUCCCGAAGUUGCUCAUAUUGAUUUUGUGAUUGGUAAUGCAAUGUUAGAAGAGGCAGCCCGCCUGGAGAAUCAACAAAAAAUUCAGCGCUACAUGGAGAGUUUUCAUCGUUAUAGCGUUUAUGCAAUUCGUGGACGAAUUGUUCUUAAGAAGGGGGGAAUAAUACGAUCCUCAACAAUACAAUUUUGUUGGAAGAGCAAGAAGAGUGGCGCUUAUCAAGGAUCGAGAUUCUGCAAAGAUUCGAGGUCGAAUCUUCUUAAAGAGAGAGGGAAUGAUGUAAUAUCGAUUAGCACGAUAUUUAAUUCCCGUGGUCCAAAAAUGAAAAUUCGGAUUCGAC